AUGCGCUCCUCCCCCCUCCGCGGCCACAACACAGUUGAAACUGAAGGUCAGGCUUAUAUUUCGCCAUGUUGCGCGGCGACAGGUAUAAAUACAGAAGGUUUCUCCUGUCCAGAAAGCCUUAAGAGGAAGCCUGGCUCAGAGGAGGGGUGCUGCUUUGCACUCAGGCAGACGACAAUUUCAUUGAAAGCGUUAUGCACGGCCGCUGCAGCAGUAAUUAAAAACGGAAGGGCCCUGUGCGUCUGUGUCUAUGGAGGCCUGUGUUUCUGCACCCCAGACAAAUGCCGCACUUCGUCCCAUUUGUGCACAUCGCGGAAAAAAAAAGAAAAACGGAAUGAUACAGAUCAAGAGAUGGAGGAGGGGAGAGGAGCUUGA